AUGAAAUUUGGACUCGAGCUACAAGAGAAUAUAUUUCCACCAUGGAGACUAUCCUAUGUAUCCUAUGAUAUGUUAAAGCAAGAGUUAAAGGCUCGACAAAUGGACCACAAGUGGACAGAAAGAGAUGAAAGAGAAUUCAUUGUAUUACUCGACAACGAACUAAGCAAGGUGUACGACUUUAUUAAUGCCAAGCUAGCAGAAAUUGAUGCAAGAAUCCUUUACUGCGAACGAUCCAUCCAAGGCUUUCAAAAUAAUCCAUCAAAUGCUAAUUAUAGUAUGAUGGAUGAAGCACUCACUGAUAUCUUGUUUGACGUCAACGACCUUUCCAAAUUCACUAGAUACAAUUUUACAGCUAUUCAAAAAAUACUCAAAAAACAUGAUCGUUGGACUGGGAAACACUUGAAGCAGGAUUACGUCCAGAAGCUAAGAGAAAAGCCCUUGGAUAAACAACGCUUUGAUGUUUCUGUUGUUUACAUAUCAGCUUUACUUAAUAUUUGCCGCAACAAGGGCAAACAACCUACGACAGUAAAUCGUCAUGAAUCUGAAUCAUCUGAAGAAGAUACUACUACCACUUACUGGGUUCAUCCGGAUAACGUUACCGAGGUUAAGUCCAUCAUCAUGCUCCAUCUUCCUGUUUUUGUUUAUAACCCAGCCAAGAAAUAUGAACCUUCGGAUUCAGCUGUAUCUAGUGUUUAUUUUGACAAUCCAGACUUUGAUCUCUAUACUGGGCUUCUUCAAAGAGAUGAAAUGGCAGAAGCCAUACGAUUAAAGUGGCAUGGUUCAUGUUCUUCCAAGAACGUAUUGGUCGAACGGGAAACCUUUCAGACAGCUGGAUUGAAUGAUGCCUCUGUAAAAGAAAGAUGCUGCAUCAACAGUGAUCAUGUAGAGGCCUUUUUAUUAGGACGAUACAAGCCGGAUGAUAUAGCCAAUGAUCUCAAGCGAAAUAAUGCAAGCGAAAGUGCUAUGAAGGAAGCACACGCAACUGCAGCAGCUGUACAGACAUCCAUUCAACAAAAGCAAUUACAGCCUAUGCUCCGCGUGUUCAACCAUCACACUCUCUUUCAAGCGCCUCAUUCUCGAAACCUCAAGCUCACACUCGACACGGAUCUUGCCUUCAUUCGAGAGGAUCAUUUGGAUGGAAAGCAACGCAGAGACCCUGGUGAUUGGCGACGUGCCGAUGUUGAUAUUAAUAGCCCCUUUGAGUAUCUAUCUGACAAGGAGAUCUUGCGAUUCCCCUAUGCCGUUCUCGAAGCUAAAGUGUAUGGAAAUCAAAAGCAACCUGCUUGGUUAACCAAACUGCUUGAAGGUCAUCUGGUGCAUGAAGUGCCUCGAUUUUCCAAAUAUCUGCAUGGUGCAAGUCAUUUUUAUAAAGAACGCCUUGCCCUUUUACCAUGGUGGUUAGCUGAGAUGAACGCAGAUAUUCGUAAGCCCCGUGCAGAGAACCUGGGCUUGACUCGAUCUCUGAGCUUUAAACCAUUGAUUGAUGGUAAAUACAGACGAGCAAUGAUUGAAGAAAGAGAAAAGGCAAGCAAGCAGGGAGCUAUUAUCGAGGAAGGUGUCCUAGAAGCAUCAGAACUUAGCAGUAGACCUUCAGCUCCGUUUGACAAGAAUGGAAAAUCGGCUGCAUGGCUAUCGAUGCCCAGCAGUAACAGCAAGAGCGAUAAAACAGAAGAGUAUACCUUGAUUGAACUCAAUUCGAGUCCAAUCAAUUCAGCUUCUAACCUAAAGACCGCUGUUUCUCAGCCUCUGUUGCCACACGAGGAUGAUCGAAACAAUAACAACAAUAGCAGCAGCAGCAAAGGCGCAGAUGUUCAACGUUCAAGAUCAUUCUACAAAGUGGCCGCCAAUGGUGUCAUGGACAGUAAGGGUAACCUCUUGUCCAAGAAAAGCUUGGCUGAAACUGUUGAUUUGGAAUCGGGUGAAAAGAAAAAGGUGAUCAAGGUUAAAGUAGAUCCCAAGACAUUCUUUGCAAACGAACGUACAUUUAUCGCUUGGCUUCAGUUUUGUGCGCUCUUGCUGACAGUCGCAUUGAACUUGCUCAACUUUGGUGAUAGCGUGUCACGUAUUGUCGGUGGUGUGUUCAUUGGUGUAUCAGGUUCAGUUGCUAUAUAUGCGCUCUACAGAUUUGAGAAGCGUGCAUGGAUGAUUAGUCGUAAAGACCCAGGUAGAUAUGAUGAUCUUUGGGGCCCUGCCGUUCUCUGUGUUGUGUUGGUUAUUGCUCUUAUUAUCAACUUGUACUUGCGUCUUCGUUAA